AUGGCGCACCAGGUGAGCGUCUCCAAAGGUUUGAAAUCCGAGAAAUGUCCACCAUCUCCCGCAGUCCGUGAAGCCAUCAGCGUCAAAACACCCGCGGUGACAUUACAUCCACAAGCCGCGCAAGGAGUCCGCUCCGGGGGGACGGACGCGCGGCUGCGGGGGUUCCAUGGCUGUGUCUCCCGGGGGUGGAAGCGCUUCUCCGCGGGACCCUCAGCCUCAGACCUGCAGCCUCAGACCCUCAGCCUCAGACCCUCAGCCUCAGACCUGCAGCCUCAGACCCUCAGCCUCAGACCCUCAAUCUCAGACCCUCAGCCUCAGACCUGCAGCCUCAGACCCUCAGCCUCAGAUCCUCAGACCCUCAGACCCUCAGCCUUAGACCUGCAGCCUCAGACCCUCACCCUCAGACCCUCACCCUCAGACCCUCACCCUCAGACCCACAUCUCCCCCUGA